AUGGCAAAAAUUACAAAGGGGACAAGGAAAAACAUCAGAAAGACAUGGCAUCCAGAACUUAGAGACAAAUCUGCCGAUGUUAAAAUCCAUGUUUACUGGGCAAUGAAGAAUUGUUAUGGUAAUGCGGCUCAACUUAUGCUCCUACUUGACUCCAUUGUGGACAACUACAAACAAGACUACAGAACUCGUCAUCAAACAUCUAGACGCAAAAAUAAUGACUAUGUGCGGCCGUCACGAGACAUUAUUCAGGAUCCAACAGCCGAGUUGUUGCUAAGGAACAAUUUUGAUUGUUAUAGUAAAGACAACAAUGGCAUCACCUACACUGGAACAGUAAACGUUACAACUAAUAAUCAUAAUUGCUUAAACUGGAGAACAGUUGCAUCACCAUAUGUACCGUAUGACGAGAACAAUAUGUUUUGUAGGAAUCCUAAUGGAUUCAAAAAGCCGUGGUGUUACACAGGAGCUGGCUUUCAAUUUGAUUACUGUGACAUUCCAGUUUGUGAUGUUGAUUGCUACGAUACAAAUAACAACGGAUCUUCCUAUAAUGGAACAGUACACACUUCCAGUUUAAAUCAUCAAUGUCUAAAUUGGCAAACAGUGAACUCGCAGCUUGUAUCAUAUCAUGAAAAUCAUACAUAUUGCAGAAAUCCAAAUGGAUUUGGAGAACCUUGGUGCUACAUAGGAACUCUAAACAAUGGAUUUGAAAAUUGCAACAUUUUGAUGUGUGGGAGUUGUGAAAGUUCUCCAUGCCACCAGGCCUCUACCUGCGUGAAACAGGUGCAUGGAUUCAAAUGUACAUGUGCAGCGGGAUAUACAGGAGCGCUGUGUAGCAGUAGUGAGUAG